AUGCCCACCGCACUCGGCCUCACAACCGACAAAUCCCCACACGCCCAAAAAUCCGGCGACGGCCCGCACGUCUCCUCCUCCACGACCAUGGGCUCCAACGCGCGCCUCGACACCAUCUCCAAGCGCAACCACGCGGCGGCGCGCGAGAUGGAAACCCUCCUCUGGCGCGCCCUCUGCGACGAGCCCGAGACGCUGCGCGAGUACCUGGCCCACGACUGCGUCAUGAUCAACCCGCUGCUGGCGCCGCGGGGGAGCUGCCAGCCGCUGAGCAAGGAUACCCAGCCGAGCGUGGUGGAUGUGUUGCAGGCGGGGGCGGGGAAUAAGUUUCGGGGUUUUAGGUUCCAUGGGGAGCCGUUGGUGGUGGAGGUCGAUUUGAUGGCGGUCGCGUUGGUGUAUAAGAUUAGUUUGUUUAGGCAGGGAAGGAAGGGGGUGAGGGAGGUGGUCGCGAGUGUGGGGAGUACGUGGAGGCAGACGGCGGGGGCGGAUUGGUUGUUGGUGCAGUUUCAUGUGGCGUAUGCGGAUGAUGAUGAGGAGGAGGAGGAGUGA